AUGACCACAAUCUGCCAAAUUGACGACUGGAUCGAGGAGAACAAAAAGGAUUUCGUGCCGCCGGUUUGCAACAAAUGCAUGUUCGCCGAACAACUCAAACUCUUUUUUGUCGGUGGCCCCAAUCAGCGGGCCGAUUACCACCUUGAAGAAGGCGAGGAAGUGUUUUAUCAGAGAAAAGGUGAUAUGAACCUGAAGGUCGUGGAGAAUGGAGUGAGGCGGGAUUUACAUAUUCGAGAAGGGCAGAUUUUCUUGCUGCCAGCAAGGGUUGAACACUCUCCACAGCGAUAUGAAAACACAAUUGGGUUUGUGGUUGAGCGGACCAGGAAGAAUACGGAGUUCGAAUGUGUACGUUAUUUCGUUGGAGACACGACAGAAAAGCUAUUUGAACGCUGGCUUCAUCUCACGGAUGUUGUCAAGGAUCUGCCACCAGUUAUUAAGGAAUUUAAGGAAUCUGAGGAAUGUCGGACCGAAAAGCCCGGCUCGGCGUCUUUCACCAUCAAUGCCCCUUUCGAGCCGAUACCUAGAAAACUGGAAGAACCGAUUGUACUCGAGGAAUGGCUGAAAUCACAUGAGGAACAAUUGAGAAAAGGCUCGGUGGAGCUGUACGGAGCCCCUCACUACAAGACGUCUGUAAUCGUGUACGGUACUGGGAGCCAUGAAUUGCAUGCCCUAACCAGCGACGAACUUUUGAUAUGGCUAAAGGAUGGCUCUAUGGACUUGGUUACAAACGGAAAAACCGAAACAGUUUCCGGAAAUGCUAUGAUUCGUUUGAAUCCAGGAGAACGAGCUAAAAUUACCAUCACUUCCGGCAACGUCAUUACAAUCUCAAUGCCGACCUAUGGAUCAAAU